CGACAAAGCCGGAUACAUUCGCCUUCUGAGCCGCUUCACAGGUGACUUUACUGGUUGGCUACAUUCCAGACUAAAUACAUGGUGCCUGUGUGCCAUCUCCCUUAGAGCAACAGAAUAUCUGAUCUUUCAUACAAGAAAAAAGCUAUGAUGUCUCAUACACGCAAGCCCCCUCUUGUGACAGGUAUUUCUCCCAAUGAAGGUAUCUCAUGGACAAAGGUCACAAUUCGAGGAGAGAAUCUGGGAACGGGCCCAACAGAUCUUAUAGGCUUGACAAUCUGUGGACAUAACUGUAUUCUGACUGCUGAAUGGAUGUCUGCUAGCAAAAUUGUGUGUCGGGUCGGUCAAGCUAAAAAUGAUAAAGGAGACAUAAUUGUCACUACCAGGUCAGGAGGCAAAGGGACUUCAACUGUUUCCUUCAAACUCUUGAAACCUGAAAAAAUAGGUAUCUUGGAUCAGUCUGCUGUCUGGGUUGAUGAAAUGAACUAUUAUGACAUGCGCACUGACAGGAACAAAGGGAUGCCCCCUUUGUCUCUACGACCAGCUAAUCCUCUUGGUAUUGAGAUAGACAAAGGAAGGUUUCCUCCAAAAGAACUAGAAGCGCUGUUUCCUGGGAUGAGUGCUGAUUUUACCAGUGAAAAUUUUUCUGCAGCCUGGUAUUUGAUAGAGAACCAUUCAACAACCAGUUUUGAUCAACUCAAAAUGGCAGUAAUGAAUCUGAAGAAGCAAGCCAACAAGAAAAAUGAGGGAAGCCUGGCAUAUGUCAAAGGGGGUCUCAGCACCUUUUUUGAAGCCCAAGAUGCCCUGUCAGCAAUCCAUCAAAAGUUGGAAGCGGACGGAACAGAAAAAGUGGAAGGAUCCAUGACGCAAAAGCUAGAGAAUGUUCUGAACAGAGCAAGUAAUACAGCAGACACAUUAUUCCAGGAAGUCUUAGGUCGCAAAGACAAAGCUGAUUCAACAAGAAAUGCACUCAAUGUUCUCCAGCGCUUCAAAUUUCUUUUCAAUCUUCCUCUGAAUAUUGAAAGAAACAUUCAAAAGGGUGAUUAUGAUGUAGUCAUUAAUGACUAUGAAAAAGCAAAGUCAUUGUUUGGGAAGACUGAGGUUCAAGUGUUCAAAAAAUAUUAUGCUGAAGUCGAAACUCGAGUUGAUGCCUUAAGGAAACUACUACUGGAUAAACUUCUUGAGACCCCAUCAACAUUACAUGACCAAAAACGCUAUAUAAGGUAUCUUUCCGAUCUCCAUGCAGAAGGGGAUCCAGCCUGGCAGUGUAUUGGUGCCCAGCAUAAAUGGAUUCUGCAACUUAUGCACAACUGCAAGGAGAGCUAUGUUAAAGAACAGAAAGGCCAUAUGUUAGUGCACAGCCCGAUGUUGGAUCUGGACACUGAAGUGCGUCCAUCUUCACUUGGCCAUCUCAGUCAAAGUGCUUCACUGAAAAGGGGCAGCAGUAAUCAGUCUAGUCGUGAUGAAACUUGGAGAUUUAAAGCCCCGCAGCAAGUGGCGUUUGUUGAAAAGCUAACAAAACUUGUUGUAAGCCAGCUCCCCAACUUCUGGAAACUCUGGAUUUCUUAUGUGAAUGGAAGUCUCUUUAGUGAGACUGCUGAAAAAUCUGGUCAAAUGGAAAGAUCAAAGAAGAAUGCAAGACAAAGGCAAAAUGAUUUCAAGACUAUGAUUCAGCAAGUAAUGAAGUCUCUGGUCAAAUUGAUUCGUGGUGCUUUACUUCCAUUCAGCCUUGGAGAAAAUGAACUAAGAGAAUAUGGAGGCUGGGAGAUGAAAUCUGAACUGUCAGGCCAAUGGUUACCUCAUGUCAUACAGACAAUUAGGCUUAGUUAUGAAUCUCUUACUGCGCUUGAAAUACCAAAUGACAUGCUUCAGAUCAUCCAAGAUCUAAUUUUUGACCUCAGAGUUCGCUGUAUAAUGAUUACUUUACAACACACAGCUGAAGAUGUGAAGAGAUUAGCUGAAAAGGAGGACUGGGUUGUAGAUAAUGAAGGCUUGACCUGUUUGCCUUCCCAAUUUGAACAGUGUGUAGUGCAUUCUUUGCAGUCGCUCAAGGGUGUCGUCGAUUGCAAGCCAGGAGAGACCAGUGUUUUUCAACAGCAGAAAAUACAGGAAGAUGUGUGCCAGCUGAGCAUCAAUAUCAUGCAGGUGUUCAUUGAUUGUCUGGAACAACUGAGUACCAAGCCUGACAGUGAUGUAGAUACUAUGCAUCUUUCAGCUGAUGUUUCAUCACCAGAUUUAUUUGGAAGCAUCCAUGAAGACUCCAGUUUAUCAUUAGAACGGAGGCUUUUAAUUGUGCUUAGUAACUGCUGCUAUCUAGAACGUCACACCUUCCUAAAUGUAGCUGAGCACUUUGAGAAACAUGGCUUCCAAGGAGUUGAAAAAAUCACUCAAGUCAGCAUGGACUCCUUAAAGGAGCUUGACCAACGACUGUUUGAAAUGUACAUUGAACUAAAAGCUGACCCUAUUGUAGGCUCACUGGAACCUGGCAUAUAUGCAGGUUAUUUUGAUUGGAAAGACUGCCUGACUCCUACAGGUGUCAGAAACUAUUUGAAGGAAGCCCUAGUACAUAUAAUUGCCGUACAUGCUGAGGUAUUCACAGUCUCAAAAGAACUUGUACCUAGAGUGCUGUCAAGGAUCGUUGAAGCAGUUGCUGAAGAACUCAGCAGGCUGAUGCAAUGUGUCUCAUCCUUCAGCAGAAAUGGUGCUUUGCAGGCCCGACUUGAAAUUUGUGCAUUGAGAGAUGCUGUGGCUGUAUUCCUCACAUCUGAAAGCAACUCAAGCUUUAAGCAAGCUUUGGAAGCCUUGCCUCAGCUGUCAAGUGGCGGAGAUAAAAAGUUACUGGAGGAGCUGCUAAACACGUUCAAGAGCAGCAUGCAGCUGCAGCUCACCUGUUUUCAGGUGGCUUCUUCAACCAUGGUGAAGACAUAAGGCAAUACUAAAACAUCUCUGUUAGGAAAUGGUCUCAUCAAAUCCUGUCACUCCAGAUAUGUACAUUUGUUCUACACAAGCCCUUGUGUUUUACCACUGUUUAGCUCACCACCAGGCAAACAAUAAUCGUGUGAACGGCCUCUUGGAAUAAGUAAGCAGAAUUCCAGAGUAAAAUGUCUUGCUUACCUCUAAGCAUAUCACUCCUUAUUGCUAGAAGACCAAUUUCCAGUCUCAUGCUCACAUGUUGAAACACAGAUUUCUGAUUUGAAAUUGUGUCACAAAAGUUGCCUAAUAACCAUUUUCCAAGUGGUAAUUUGCCGCAGCGUGUUCCUAAUUGUUUGGUAUAUGUCAUCUGUAUUGUCUACCCAAGUGAUGAGGAGAAUUUUACUGCUCUCCUACUUCUUUCUUUAUGAUCAGAUAUAGAAAUGUGGUAAAGUAAAUAGUCCUCACCCUAUAGACAGUUUGGCUUUCCAAGAGAUUUCAUGAAUAACUGCAGUAAAGUUUUAGUCACCUGUGGAUGUGUCCAGCAGAUUUGGAUACACUGUUUGCUAGGUGAAGCCUGUGUAUUGAUCUCUCUCAUUCAAACCGCUUGUUGCAUCCCAACAAUACUCUGUCAGACGGUCAAUAGAAGAACCACUAUCCAAUAAAAAUAAAUGGGAUUUGAUAUGUUAGAAUUGCGUAGGAAGGAUAACAUAUACACUCACUAUGUUUUCCAAGCAACAAGAUACAGGCAGCACUCCAGAAACAGAUCUUUAAUUUCCUCAUCUUCUACUGAAAGGGACAUGUUACCCUUCAGGAAUUUUCGUGCUCAGAUGCAUGUACUCAUUGCUUAUUGCAGAUGUAAUGAAAAUUUCUUAGAUCAUUCAUUGUCAUAAUCUUUAAACUUGAAUUCUCAUACAUUUAGAUGCCAGGGUUUUUAAAAGUCAACAUAUAUGCUAAACAUGUGCUCUUGUUGCCGUUUUGUUUCCAGUGGGUUUCUUUCCAAGAGUUCUUAAUAGUUAAUAUCGCCUCCAGAUUUCAAAUGUAGGAACAGCACCAUGGCCGUUUUCACACUGCUUACUUUCCCUCAGAACGACCCGGAACAUCGCACAAAAAACGUGGAAGAUCGUGUUUAUUUGCGCAACAUUGUGCAAAUCUCGGGCUAGAAAACGCGAUCUUCCGCGGUUUUUGCGCGAUGUUCUGGGUCGUUCCGAGGGAAGGUAAGCAGUGUGAAAACGGCCCAUCUGGAAGAAUUAGGGAAGAACUCUUGGGGGUAUUGUAAGAUGCACAAGACACCCAUUUUCCAGAUGCAAGCCAGUUUAUCCAGAUUAGAUUCAGUAAUGCCUUACUCUUAAUAGGCUUAAAGGUAUGGUCAUAUUUUCCACUUUAAAAGUAUCUGGGACAAGGUUCUCAUAUAGUAAUAUAAAUUUGAUAAGCUUUUUAAUUGCCAGCCAUAAAUUCUUGUACAGAACAGGCAAAAUUUAAUAACACAUGGUGAGGGGGGGUCUUUAAUUUACGAAAAACAGUUUGACAAUUUAGUAAUAUCUGUUAAUAAAGAAAACUUUACAAAUGAAUGGACAUGAUUAUAGUCAUCUGUUUAUUAAGGUAUCAUAAAGGUGAAUUUCCUGUUAAUUUGCCUAGUCCUAAAUACUUAUAUCUGUAAUUGCAAAAUGUAUCACAUUGCAGACAAUACCAUUUUGUGGUGGUUUUUGUGAUAAUAAAGUGGUAUGAUCAUGG